AUGAGCUAUCAUUAGUAAAUGUUUGUCUCUGAUAACUUAACUGAUUAUCUGGCUCAUUAGAACUAGCACCAACACAUGUAUAGCAACUUUUAUGGAGGAUUAAACAAUGCUGUAAAUAUGAAUCAACAAAUAAAGAGAACUCCAAAGCUUACAGAAUGCGAUAAAACAGACGUUACACACUCAAGUAUUUAGACAGCAUCAUUAAAUUAAAAUAGCGCUUAUGUAGUUGAACAUUUAGAUUUAGAUAAUUUUAAGAACUAACAAUGUAAAACGAACACUCAGCAUAAUCACAAACACUGUCCCUUCUAUCAUAAUAGCAAAGAUAGAAAAAGGCCAGGACACUUCUAUAGUAGUGAUUUAUGUCAGCAUGUAGAGAAAAAUGAGGGAUGCCCUGAUGGAGAUGAUUGCAAGUUUUCCCAUAAUCGUGUUGAGCAGCUUUAUCAGCCAGAGAAAUAUAAAACAAAAUUUUGCACAUUUUAUCCUAAUAAUAUUAAUUAAUGCGAAUAUGGAGUAUUUUGCUCUUUUGCACACUCAGAAAAUGAUAUUGUUAUUGAGCUUAUCCAUAAUUUAGAGUAUGAUGAUGAUUUUUAUAUGUUCUACUUCAAGACAGUGUGGUGCCCUUUUAAUCUAGCAUAACAUGACAAAGCUCUUUGCGUCUAUGCUCAUAAUUGGUAAGACUAUAGAAGAAAACCCAGCUAAUUUUAUUACGAGCCCAACUCAUGCACUUCUUGGAGUCCAACAAACUAUAUUUUAAAUUAUGAGGAUGGAUGUCCUUUGAAGUUUGAUUGCAAUAAAUGCCACGGCUGGAAAGAAUUGGAAUAUCACCCAAGAAACUAUAAAACUAAAGCGUGUCCAAAUUAAAAACCAUGUAAUAAAUAGAAUGAUUGUCCUUUUUAUCAUCAUGGACCAAAAUCAGAUAAAAGAACAAUAAAUGCUAAUAUACAGAAUAAAAUAUUCAGAUUCGUUCCAAAAAACAGAAUUAUUACAAAUACUUUCAAGGUAAGAAAUAGUGAUUCUAUAAACGCAAUACCAGGUCUGAAUAAUUCUCAAUUUAAUCCUCAACUCUUACAAUAAAGUUAGUUACAAUAUAUGUCUCAAUAAUAGUAAUAAUAGAAUGAAUAUGUUCAACAAUAGCAAUAGUAGUAAUAACAAUAAUAAAAUUUCUUUUUGAAAGGAACAACUUCUAUGUUUAAUUUACCUUCUAGCUAAUAAGUUUAAAAUUAGUAAAGUUGGAACCCUCACAGCUCUCAAUAAAUUGGAUUAAAUGUCUUUUACUAAACAAAUAUUUAACCUAUAAAAUAAAAUGGAAACGGCUACUACAUGUCAACUCCAUAAUAAAAUUUUGGUUCUCAAUAGCUUUUAGAUACACCUCCUAUUGCAGAUAGUCGCCUCAAAUUAAGUAAGAAAAAGAAAGAAAAUUAAAAUGGCACAAAUAAUGCACUUAAUAAUGGAAGUAAUAGUGGUAAAAUGAUGGCUAAAGAUACUUUCGAUAAUGAAGUAUGGCUUGGAAGAGGAGGAAGCAGACCAAUGGAUGAUUCAUUUGAAAUUGAACCUUAAAAUAGUAUUAAAAAUGAUAAAUUUGCUUCUUAGGUUACUCACAAAGAGGAGAAUGAACUUUCUGGAAGUUAAAAUUUCCUUUAAGAUAAAUUUAGUACAAACAAUACGGGCAGAUCACCUUAUAUAAGUUAAUCUAAUAAAGGCGAUUACUAAAAAUACAGUAACGAUAAAAAUUCUGCUUUAACAGAAUUUAAUUCAUAUAACAAAGACAAUAAUAAGGCAACAGCUUCAUUUAUAAAUGAUAACAAUGAUUUAGCUCUAUCUUAGCAUUUGUAAACAGAAUAAAUGUUUAAAGAUUUAGCAAUUGACUGUCCUCCAAAUCAAAAGUAAAGCUAUGAAUAAUCUCAUGAUAGUAUAACUAGAAGAGAUGAAGACGAAAUGGCAAGACACGUUAUGCAUUUAGUUGAUGAAUGA